AUGUUAGAAGAAAACUCAUCAAAAUCCAGUAACUACACUAACAAUGAUAACACCAACAAUUCACACAAUAAUAAUAAUGAUAUUCAUAUUAAAAAACCUGUAGUUGAUAAUUUAGUUCAAUAUCUUCCAUUAAUCAAUACUAACACAAUUGACAACUCCCCAAAACCAGACCAGUCAGCCAAAGAGGAAGAGUCGAAAGAGACUAAAGUAACCAUUAUGAUAAGAAAAGGAGAAAUUACUACCACAACUUACACACAAGAAGAAGCUCAAAAACUAAUUAAUGAAGGUCGACCACCUACUCAAAUGGAUUUAGAUUUAUUAGACAAGACCUUUUUUCAACAACAAUCUCGGAAAUAUCAACUUACAAGUAGAUCAUGCCUCAUACCAAAGGGAUGGAGUAGAGAAUUACAUUACCAAGAAGACCAAUGGAAAACAUUUUUUAAGAAAUUAAAUGAAGCUAAAAAUGAAUACCCCUACGACUUAGAUUUUUAUCACAAAUUUAACCUCGGUAUAUUCAGAUACCAUACAAGAGAAAGAAUAAAAUGUACUCAAUGUGGUCAAUUAUUACCUGCAAGAGCCUAUAGCACACAUCAAACUUUCAAAUGUCGCUAUUCAAAUAUUAUUUGGCUGAUAGCAGGAGCACGAGAACUUCGACUUAGACUGAACUAUUUAAUAUGCAACUCCGACCUAACACCAAUUCAAAUGAUUAAAUCCAACAAGUACCUAAAAAUAUUAUUUAAAGUAUCCGCAUAUCGACGAUCGAGGCCGGAAAGUGAUGAACUUUCCGACGAAGAAUUUAAAAAAAUGGUACUUAAAAUAAUGCAUACAAGCACAUAA